GCUUGACAUGGAGUGGCCACCGCAGCACUUACUCAACGGCGAUGAAGGUCACAGCACAGAGGAAGGUGAAAGUACUUGCAAUCAUACCAGCGAAGAGGACACCGAGGUUACCACGGAGGAAGACGAGUACGAGGAACGGCUACUGAGGCGACCCAGUCAGCACGAUAUCAAGGAAAGACAAAAGCAAAUUCUGCUCACACAGAUUGGCCGCUUGAAACAAGAAGUUCAGACACUUCAGCAGGAGCGCAAGGAAAGAAAAUCCGACACAUCGACGGCUGAUUCAAGCAAUGCUGUUUUAUUGCGAGACACCUGCUCAAUGAUUACAAAGCGAGAGUUGAAUCAGCCGAGACUGAUCAAGAGCGCUUGACUAGCCAGUGAGUGGCAGUGGUGUAUUGGGUGGGGCCAGCGGUAGGCCAUCCUCUCUACCCAUGUCUGGAUUCUCCGAGGCACGAGUACCGGUCAAUGAAAUACGCAUCCAGCCGCUGCUCGGUGUGGCUCCUUUGGGCCCCGUCCAGUUCACCAAGGAGAGAAUGUUUCACUUAGCUAUGCUAGAAGCCUCGCACAACCACAUGCCACUGGCUACCGAUUCUGAGAGAACAAGAACGACUGUUCCGCGCAACCCAUGCAACACACCCAGCUACCACCAUCAACACCCACCCAUGCAAUGCGAUACGUUUGAUUUCUUCCAGCGCCUGUCUCCAGAAACACUCUUUUUUAUCUUCUAUUAUCAUGAGGGUACGAAAGCGCAGUGGCUGGCAGCGCGUUCCCUGAAAAAACAGUCCUGGCGUUUCCACAUCAAACACAUGAUGUGGUUCCAGCGACACGAAGAGCCAAAGUUGAUAACAGACGAGUAUGAGCAGGGCACGUACAUCUACUUUGACUAUGAGAAGUGGCAGCAGCGAAUGAAGGAGGGCUUCAUCUUCGAAUACAAGUACCUUGAAGAUAAGGAGCUCGUGUAGUUCCCCAGACUGCUCUACAGCCUGAACUUGUUCGCCAGCAACAAUCACUGCGGACCUUGAUUGGCAGGUUCCGCGAUUGUAUGCACACAUGUAUGUGUGCGUGUGUGCGCAUGCAAGCACACAUACGGGUGCAUCUGUGUGUGUGUGUGUGUGUGUGUGUGUAGCUGUGUACGACCUACCCCUGCACGUAUUGUUUUAGCUUCGCUGUGCACUGUGUGAAGCCAUUGCUGUGGUGAUGUAGCUAUGUCUGCUGUCCGUGCCGUGUUGCGUACAAUGGCACGUCUCGAAUUGUAUGAGCACUGUGUCUUAAAAAACACAUUGCCUUUCGCGAGCCUGUACCUUCGGCGACACCAUGGGCGUGUAAGCUAUCCCCUACUCUCUUUGGAGUCCUCAUUCAUUCGAGUGCGUCGUGCCAUUGUUCGGUUGCGUUCUCCUGUCACGUUUUGGCCUGAAACGUGUGUACAUUGCUUUCGCGCGCGCGUGUGUGUGUGUGUCAUCAACUUUAUGUUGUGUCUCUCUCGCUCUCUCUAUCCAUGUCGGCUACUCCUGUGUUUGCGGGUAUGUACAACCUUGCUGAUCUGCAUGUUUGUGUCUGUGCAUAUUGUGUUGUUAUGGCAACGACCACGUCUCUCCCACCUUUCUGUAUACUACUGUGCCAGUGGCUCCCCCCCCCCUUUCUUACACUCACCCACAUCCGCUUGCCCACGUAUAUUUCUUUCUUACCAUUCGCUGUUUGUGUGUGUGUGUAUGUGUGUUGCGUGUUUUGCGUGUUGUGCGCAUGUGUACAUUUGGGUGUUUAUAUUUGCCUGCGCGCCCUCCAUCCCUCCUCUGUACAGUAGCUGCCAGGAGUGCGGGCAUGCGUGUGUGUCUGUGCGCACGCACGUGUGUCUGUGUGUGCACGUGCGUGUUCAUGAGCAUGUAACAAUAAUAUACAUGACCUUUCUCCGUGCCCCCCCCCCUCUCUCUCUCUCUCUCUCUCUCUCUCUCUCUCUCUCUCUCUCUCUCUCUGUGUGUCUCUGUUGUCUGUUUUGCUAGAGGUUUUCAGUAGGUGCUUUUCUUCUCUUAUUGUCUAGACAACAUAGAUCAUUUUACGUGAUGCGCACAUUGUGUGUUGCCUUGUGUGUGGGCCGUGUCA